GACUGCGCCGCCGGGCGAUGCGCGCGGGGACGCCGCCGGGCGCCAGAGCGAGGUGCUGCCCGCCGCCACCAUGACCGAGGGCGCGCGGGCCGCCGACGAGGUCCGGGUGCCCCUGGGCGCGCCGCCCCCGGGCCCUGCGGCGGCGCGGACUGCCCCGGCGAGCCCCGGGGCUCCGGAGCGCGCGGCGGAGCAGGAGCCGGGGCCCUGCGCGUCGCCCCCCGCGAGCCCGGCGGCCGAGCGCGGCGCGGAGCUGAGCACCGACGAGGAGCAGCCCGUCCCGUACCCUGCGCUGGCGGCCACCGUGUUCUUCUGUCUCGGGCAGACCACGCGGCCCCGCAGCUGGUGCCUUCGGCUGGUCUGCAACCCGUGGUUCGAGCAUGUCAGCAUGCUGGUCAUCCUGCUCAACUGCGUGACCCUGGGCAUGUUCCGGCCCUGUGAGGACCUGGACUGCCGCUCGGAGCGCUGCCGCAUCCUGGAGGCCUUCGACGACUUCAUCUUUGCCUUCUUCGCGGUGGAGAUGGCCGUCAAGAUGGUCGCCCUGGGACUGUUUGGCCAAAAGUGCUACCUGGGUGACACUUGGAACCGGCUGGACUUCUUCAUUGUCAUGGCCGGCAUGAUGGAGUACUCCCUGGACGGACACAACGUGAGCCUCUCGGCCAUCCGCACCGUGCGCGUGCUGAGGCCGCUGCGUGCCAUCAACCGUGUGCCCAGCAUGCGGAUCCUGGUCACGCUGCUGCUGGACACACUGCCCAUGCUUGGCAACGUGCUCUUGCUCUGCUUCUUCGUCUUCUUCAUUUUCGGCAUUGUGGGCGUCCAGCUCUGGGCUGGCCUGCUCCGCAACCGGUGCUUCCUGGACAGCGCCUUCGUCAGAAACAACAACCUGAGCUUCCUGCGGCCCUACUACCAGACGGAGGAGGGCGAGGAGCACCCCUUCAUCUGCUCCUCCCGCCGUGACAACGGAAUGCAGAAGUGCUCGCACAUCCCCAGCCGCCGCGAGCUGCGCGUGCCCUGCACGCUGGGCUGGGAGGCCUACGGUCAGCCGCAGGCCGAAGCCACGGGCGGCCACAGCGCCUGCAUCAACUGGAACCAGUACUACAACGUGUGCCGCUCCGGCGACACGAACCCGCACAACGGGGCCAUCAACUUCGACAACAUCGGCUACGCCUGGAUCGCCAUCUUCCAGGUCAUCACACUGGAGGGCUGGGUGGACAUCAUGUACUACGUCAUGGAUGCCCAUUCCUUCUACAACUUCAUCUACUUCAUCCUGCUCAUCAUUGUGGGCUCCUUCUUCAUGAUCAACCUGUGCCUGGUGGUCAUCGCCACUCAGUUCUCAGAGACGAAGCAGCGGGAGAACCAGCUGAUGCGGGAACAGCGGGCCCGCUACCUGUCCAACGACAGCACGCUGGCCAGCUUCUCGGAGCCAGGCAGCUGCUACGAGGAGCUGCUCAGGUACCUGGGCCAUGUGUGCCGCAAGGUCCGGCGCCGUGGCCUGCGCCUCUACACCCGCUGGCAGAGCCGCUGGCACACGCAGACAGAGUCCAGCAGUGCUCCACCCGGCCAGGGCCCACGCCGGGCAGGCCGGCGGGCGGCCUCUGUGCACCACUUGGUCUACCACCACCACCACCACCACCACCAUCACUAUCACUUCAGCCAUGGCAGCCCUCGCCGGCCGGGCCCUGAGGCGGGCACUGCUGACUCUAGGCUGGUGCCAGCCGGCUCCCCACCCUCACCGGGCCGUGGGCCCCCAGACGCCGAGUCCGUGCACAGCAUCUACCAUGCCGACUGCCACGUGGAAGGGCCGCAAGACAGGGCCCGAGUGGCCCAUGCAGCUGCGGCCGCUGCUGGCCUCAGGCUGGCCUCAGGGCUACGGGCCAUGAACUACCCCACGAUCCUGCCCUCUGGCCUUGGCGGCAGCAAGGGCAACAGCAGCCCCCGGCCCUCGGGGAAGCAAGCACACAGCCCCCUGAGCCUGGGUGGUCCUGGCCCCUACGAGCGAAUCCAGCACGUGGUAGGCGAACACGGACUGGGCAGGGCCCCUGGCCGCCUGUCGGGCCUGAGUGUGCCCUGCCCGCUGCCUGGCCCCCAGGCGGGCACGCUGACCUGUGAGCUGAAAGACUGCCCGCACUGUGCCCGUGCCCGGGAAGAGGCUGGCUCUGAGGGUGGCGACUCAGACAUCCAUGGGGUCUAUGAGUUCACGCAGGACGUGCGACACGGCGACUGUCGGGAUCCCAUGCAGGCACCCGCUGCCGCUGAGGCCAGCCCGCGGAAGGCAGCCCCGGGGGCACCGCUGGGCGGGCUGGGCCGGCUGUGGGCUGCUCUCAGCGGGAAACUGCGUCGCAUUGUGGACAGCAAGUACUUCAGCCGCGGCAUCAUGGUGGCCAUCCUGGUGAACACGCUCAGCAUGGGCGUGGAGUACCAUGAGCAGCCCGAGGAGCUGACCAACGCCUUGGAGAUCAGCAACGUGGUGUUUACCAGCGUGUUCGCCUUGGAGAUGCUGCUCAAGCUGCUGGCCUGCGGCCCGCUGGGCUACGUCCGCAGCCCCUACAACAUCUUCGACGGAGUCAUCGUGGUCAUCAGCGUGUGGGAGAUCGUGGGGCAGGCGGACGGCGGGCUGUCGGUGCUGCGGACCUUCCGGCUGCUGCGGGUGCUGAAGCUGGUGCGUUUCCUGCCGGCGCUGCGACGGCAGCUUGUGGUGCUCAUGAAGACCAUGGACAACGUGGCCACCUUCUGCAUGCUGCUCAUGCUCUUCAUCUUCAUCUUCAGCAUCCUGGGAAUGCACCUGUUCGGAUGUAAGUUCAGCCUCAAAACGGACAGCGGCGACACGGUCCCUGACAGGAAAAACUUCGACUCCCUGCUGUGGGCCAUCGUCACUGUGUUCCAGAUCCUCACCCAGGAGGAUUGGAACGUCGUCCUCUACAACGGCAUGGCCUCCACCUCCUCCUGGGCCGCCCUCUACUUCGUGGCCCUCAUGACCUUCGGCAACUACGUGCUCUUUAACCUGCUGGUGGCCAUCCUGGUGGAGGGCUUCCAGGCUGAGGGUGAUGCCAACAGGUCAGACACGGACGAGGACAAGACCUCCACCCGCUUUGAAGAAGAUUCUAACAAGUUCAGAGACCUUCAGCCCACAGAGAUGAAGCUGUGCUCGCUGGCUGUGACCCCCAAUGGGCACCUGGAGGGCCGCAGUGGCCUGCUGCCCCCACUCAUCCUGCGCACAGCAGCCACCCCUUCCCCCAAGGGCUCCCCACAGCUGGACACCAUGCGUGACCUCCCUGACUCCCGGCGCAGCAGCAGCUGCUCUGUGGACCCCCAGCUGGGCGAUCAGCGGUCUCUGACCAGCCUCCGCGGCUCGCCCUGCACCCACUGGGGCCCCAGCAGCGCCUGGAGCAGCCGGCGUUCAAGCCGGAGCAGCCUCAAGCGGCGCGGCCAGCGCGGGGAGCGGGAGUCGCUGCUGUCGGGCGAGGGCAAGGGCAGCACCGACGACGAGGAGGACGGCCGGCCGGGGGGUGCGGGGGCCAUGCCGGGCCCUCACAGCCCCACUCUGCGUCGCACCGAAUCCCUGGACCCGCGCUCCCCGCCCAACCUCCUGCCCACCAAGCUCCGUGACUGCAACGGGCAGACGCUGGCCCUGCCCAGCGAGAUCUUCCUGCGCAUCGACAGCCACAGGGAGGACCCGGCCGAGCUGGACGAGGACGUGGGGGACAGCUGCUGCUUCCGGCUGCGCAAGGUGCUGGAGCCCUACCGGCCCCAGUGGUGUCACAGCCGUGAGUCCUGGGCGCUCUACCUCUUCUCCCCGCAGAACCGGUUCCGUGUCUGCUGCCAGAGGAUCGUGGCGCACAGACUGUUUGACCACGUGGUGCUGGCUUUCAUCUUCCUCAACUGCAUUACCAUCGCCCUGGAGAGGCCGGACAUCGACCCAGGCAGCACUGAGCGUGUCUUCCUCAGCGUCUCCAACUACGUCUUCACGGCCAUCUUCCUGGCUGAAAUGAUGGUGAAGGUGGUGGCACGGGGCCUGCUGGCCGGGGAGCACGCCUACCUGCAGAGCAGCUGGAACCUGCUGGACGGGCUGCUGGUCCUGGUAUCGCUUGUCGACAUUAUCGUGGCCAUGGCCUCAGCCAGCGGCGCCAAGAUCCUGGGCAUCUUGCGUGUGCUGCGCCUACUGCGGACCCUGCGGCCACUGAGGGUCAUCAGCCGGGCCCCAGGCCUCAAGCUGGUGGUGGAGACGCUCAUCUCCUCCCUGAGGCCCAUCGGGAACAUCGUGCUCAUCUGCUGCGCCUUCUUCAUCAUCUUUGGCAUCCUCGGGGUGCAGCUCUUCAAGGGCAAGUUCUACUACUGUGACGGCGCCGACACAAGGAAUAUCUCCACCAAGGCCGAGUGCCGGGCUGCCCAUUAUCGCUGGGUGCGGCGCAAGUACAACUUCGACAACCUGGGUCAGGCGCUGAUGUCAUUGUUUGUGCUGUCGUCCAAAGACGGCUGGGUGAACAUCAUGUAUGACGGACUGGAUGCUGUGGGAGUGGACCAGCAGCCCGUGCAGAAUCACAACCCCUGGAUGCUGCUGUACUUCAUCUCCUUCCUGCUCAUCGUCAGCUUCUUCGUGCUCAACAUGUUCGUGGGCGUGGUGGUGGAGAACUUCCACAAGUGCCGGCAGCACCAGGAGGCCGAGGAGGCGCGCCGGCGCGAGGAGAAGCGGCGGCGACACCUGGAGAAACAGCGCAGGAGCACCUACCCCAGCCCAGAGGCCCAGCGCCGGCCCUACUACGCCGACUACUCGCACACCCGGCGCUCCGUGCAUGCGCUGUGCACCAGCCACUACCUGGACCUCUUCAUCACCUUCAUCAUCGGCGUCAAUGUCAUCACCAUGUCCAUGGAGCACUACAACCAGCCCAAGUCGCUGGACGAGGCCCUCAAGUACUGCAACUAUGUCUUCACCAUCGUCUUCGUCUUCGAGGCUGUGCUGAAGUUGGUGGCUUUUGGGUUCCGGAGGUUCUUCAAGGACAGGUGGAACCAGCUAGACCUUGCUAUCGUGCUGCUCUCCAUCAUGGGCAUAGCGCUGGAGGAGAUCGAGACGAGUGCGGCCCUGCCCAUCAACCCCACCAUCAUCCGCAUCAUGCGUGUCCUACGCAUUGCCCGCGUGCUGAAGCUUCUGAAGAUGGCCACGGGCAUGCGGGCCCUGCUGGACACAGUGGUGCAAGCCCUGCCCCAGGUGGGCAACCUGGGCCUCCUCUUCAUGCUCCUGUUCUUCAUCUACGCGGCUCUGGGCGUGGAGCUGUUCGGGAGGCUAGAGUGCAGCGAGGACAACCCCUGUGAGGGCCUGAGCAGGCACGCCACCUUCACCAACUUCGGCAUGGCCUUCCUUACGUUGUUCCGCGUUUCCACUGGUGACAACUGGAAUGGAAUCAUGAAGGACACACUGCGUGAGUGUGCACGUGAGGACAGGCACUGCCUCAGCUACCUGCCUGCACUCUCUCCUGUCUACUUUGUGACCUUUGUGCUGGUGGCCCAGUUUGUCCUGGUUAACGUAGUGGUGGCAGUGCUCAUGAAGCACCUGGAGGAGAGCAACCGUGAGGCUCGUGAGGAUGGCGACGUGGACGACACUGAGCCGGACACGCCGCCAGCACCCACGGUGCAGGUGAGGUGUACAGGGAGGGCUGUGGCCCUGGGGCUCACGAGGGGUCUCCAGACUGACCGCAUGGCCGCUCUGUCCCAGGAAAGUGCAGGGCCCAGGCCGGAUACCUCCAAUGUGCUAGUGGCACGCAAGGUGUGCGUGUCCCGGAUGCUGUCACUGCCCAACGACAGCUACAUGUUCCGACCCGUGACGCCUGUCUCAGUCCCACAGCAGCGCCUGCAGGAAGUGGAGAUGGCUGCCUACACGGGUGGCACCUCGCCAGGUCCCGGUGCAACCUUGCUGUCGCUGCCCUCGGAGCCCUGUGUCCCCCUCUGUGCCCCGACCCCGCGGCCCAUGCCCUACACUCCUAGUCCAGGCCCGCCACUCUACACACAGGAGGCCGUGCCGGUGGAGCCCUUGGAGGGGCAGGCCGAGGGGUCUGGGGACAGCACCCCAGACCCUGGGGAACCCUUGGAGAAGACCUCUGCCCAGCAAGUGUCGCUGCGGUCCCCACCCUGCUCCCCACAGCAAGCCGGCAUCCAUCCCCACAAACAGGCCUCAGGACAGUGCAUCCUCAGCCGCCCGCCAGGCCCCGGCACCGAGGAGGCUGAGGCCUCAGAUCUGGCUGACCAGGAGGUCAGCAACAUCACCAGCUCUGCCCGGCCCUGGGUCGCAGCCUCCCCGGUGGCCCCCAGGGCAGCGACUGGCGGGCAGGCCCUGCGCAGGUUCCACAGCCUCGGUGCCCCAGGCCUCCUGGACAAGCCCAGCCAGGCAGAAGGACAGCGGUGGCCAUCAGCAGAGCUGGGUAGCAACACUGGCCGCCCGGAGCCGGGGGAGGGCCGGGCCUGGGUCCCAGAGGCAGAGCCAGGCCUGGGGGCUCGCCGGAAGAAGAAGAUGAGCCCUCCCUGCAUCUCUAUAGACCCGCCGGCCGAAGAGGAGGGUGCCGCCCGGCCCCCGGCCACAGAGGGUGGCAGUGGCCUGCGGCGCAGGACCCCGUCCUGUGAGGCUGCCCCCCACAGGGACUGCCUGGAGCCCACCACCGCGGCCAGCGAGGGUCCAGGCACGGGUGGGGACCCCACGGCCAAGGGGGAGCGGCGGGGCCGGCCCGAGCACCUGACUGUCCCAAGCUUUGCCUUUGAGCCGCUGGACACAGCAGCAGGUAGUGGCUGUAUCGAGAUGCCAGGGGCCACGGUGCCUCUAGAGCCCCAUGGGACAGACCCAUCUGGGGCGCCUGCCGGGGCCAACUGGGUCCAGUUCCGCAGUGCAGCGCUGUCUCUGACGCCUGGAGCCCACAGCGUCCUGUGGCGUUGGCGCCCUGAGCGAGGGUUGGGUGGCCAUAACAGCGCACAAGCGCAGUUGCAGGCCCUCAAUGGGAGAGGGCGCACCUGGGGCGUGGAGCAGGUGGAGCAGGUGCACCCGGACCAGCCAGGGCUGACGGGAGCUCAGCUUGGCUGGGCUCAGCUGCUGCUUGUGGGAGCCUGGGGGUCACUGCGGUGUGGCCGGCUGAGGAGGCGCGCACGGCGCCCCCGGGGGGACGCGGACCCUCCCCAGGGCGCUGGGCAGCCGGACCCUCCCGGGGCCGCGUCCACCGCGCGCAGGGGCGACGCGCUCCAGGCGGGGGUCCCGGGGCAGCUCCGGCCGAGCCGCGCGCGCUCCCCGAGGGCCAACGGUGCGCGCGCUCGAGGCUGCCGCGGGGCCGCGCCUCGUGCACGCGCGCCGGCCCCGCACCCCGGGUUAGGGAGCGUCGGCGCUAGUCCUCCCGUCGGUCGUGGGAGCGGUCGGCAUUCUGUACGGGGUCAGCUCAUUGGGCGGAUCGAGGGGAAGCCCCGCCCAGCGCCCAGCGCUGGCCAAUGGCAGCCGGUGUCACAGGACGCCCGACUCCGGGGCCGGGCCCCGUCCGGCGAGGCCUCGGGCGUCCGUAGGCCGCAGCGGCCGUGGGCCCCCGGGCCCUGCCGCUGGCCCCCAGGAAACCACCGGAACCUGCGCGCGGGGCCGCGCCCGCCGGACAUCCGGGGGGCCCUCGAGGAAGGCGGCGCCCCGCUCCCCCGGCUGCCGGCCGGCGCAUUCUCGAGUGCGCCCGUGCGCCCCGAAGGGGGAGUUUGCCGACGCUCCCUCGCUCCGGGGACGCGGCUCCUUUAA